CCCGCCCACCCCCUAUAAACAGCUGUUCAAUUUUCUAUAAGUUCUACAAAAUCACAUUGCCGCAUAGCCUACGUAAUCGCUGUUUCUGUUUUUUUUUAUCACAAAUGGCGCUUUCACACGCUCGCAAAGAAGAUAUUCCCAAAGAUGCCGUUAUCAUCAAUGAGGAGGAAGCGCUAGCUUACCAGUACAGUGUCAUUUCGAAUUGGGACAAUCGCUGGGAUGUGUGGAGCUUACGUUAUGGACCAGGUUUGCUCGGUGCUAUGGCAGCAGCUACUGGAGUUUACGUAAACAGUCAUUACCGUAGAAAGCUGAAGCUGGGCAAUUAUGGCAAGGGAUCCACUUAUUUACCCAUAGUCGUCAUUCCAGCCAUGUUUUCAGUGCUAGCACACAAAUUUCUAGUACAACGAUUAGUCUUAUUGGAUCAACGCGCCGAGUGUCCGCUAUGCUUACAAAUGCGUGCCAGCUUCUUUCAAGGUGGAGUGGGUGUUUGCUAUCCCACUGUGUUGGCUCCAUUCGCUGCUUUCAUGUUUGCUACACGCCAUUAUACAUACAGCUUGCCAUCGGUGACAAAGGAGCCGCUCGCUGUUUUUAAGUUAUGGCAAAAAAUGACUCGACCUAUUUUGCCGGUAUUAGGUGCAGCGCUAGCUGGACAAGCUGUGGUGGCUAUGUAUAUAACAUAUAAGGAACAGCAGCAGAAUUGGCGUUUGACUAUGAAAAUGAAACGUUUAGAGCAGUUGGCCGAAGAGAAAUUUGAGGAGGAAAAAGCGCUUAAAGCAGCAAAGAAUUUUUGAAUGUUACUUUUUCCUGUUAUUUAUUAUAUGUAGUAUGUAAUUAAAGUUGAAGAGAUAUGAAGAUAGAAAAAAUAUGUUGGAAUGCUGAAUUUUUCUGAAAACAAA